GGCUACAACUUUGUGAUAGAAUGGCUAUUCAGAUGCCCCAGGUUUUCAAAUCAUAUAUCUUCGCUCAUUCCCCUCAUUCAUUCUGCAUGCCCCCGUUUUCUAUACCUCUCUAAUUUUCUUUUCGCGCCUUUAUAUUUUGUGAAGAAAAUCUUCACUUUUAUACUGAGUGGACAGUUCCCUCACAACUCCUUUUCUUCCUCUACUGAAUAGUUUUUAAACACAUCGUAAUAUAAUUCACAAUCAUGUCAGAUUUCCCCACGAAGGAGGUCGUCAACCAUGAAGACGUCAGCUCUUCUCAUUAUGACACGCAAGCCAAGAUGAGCGAAGAAGAUGUAUCAGAUGUCGGCAACGAGAAGGGUGCAGCUCAAGCUCGCCCAAGUCAUAUCGGUCGAAAGGUCUCAGAGUGGGAGGCUCUUCAAAUCGCUGCUGCAGGUGACAUGGAAACUAUUGAUAACGAAGUACAAGAUUUGGAGGCAGAGGUUACAUCUCGAGGCAAAUCUCGUUCCGACAUAUUCCAGUUGAGUUUCAAGGACCCUAGACAUUACACUUGGUUACUGGUCGCUUUUGCCUCCAUGGGAGGUCUUCUUUCCGGUAUCGAUCAAUCUUUGAUCUCCGGCGCAAAUCUAUACAUGCCAAGCUCGCUUGGUCUCAACACAAAACAAGUUAGUUUGGUCAGUUCUGGUGUACCAUUGGGUGCCGUCGGUGGUGCUUUGAUGCUCGGACCAUUGAACGAAGCCGUCGGAAGAAAACAAGCUAUCGUGUGGUCUCUAUUUCUCUACACUGUCGGAGCAGCACUCGAAGCCGGUGCCGUGAACUUUGGCAUGAUGAUGGCUGGACGUGUCAUCCUCGGUCUCGGUGUCGGUCUCGAAGGUGGAACUGUCCCUGUCUACGUCGCAGAAUCUGUUGCACCCAAAUAUCGUGGAAACUUGGUCUCGCUUUACCAGUUCAUGAUUGCGCUUGGAGAAGUCCUCGGUUAUGUCGUCGCUGCUAUUUUCGUCGGUGUUAAAUCUGGUGGUUGGAGAUACAUGUUGGGAUCUUCCCUCGUCUUUUCCACAAUCAUGCUUGUCGGUAUUCUCUUCAUGCCAGAAUCCCCCCGUUUCCUUAUGCACAAAGGACGCACUGCCGAUGCUUGGGGUGUCUGGAAACGUAUUCGUGGUACAGAUGAAGCUGCUCGUAAGGAAUUUUUCGUCAUGAAACAUUCCGUCGAUUCUGAGCGUGAAAUGGAAGGUGCUCGCAAGAGAUUCGCGUGGCUCGACUUCAUCACUGUUCCUCGUGCUCGUCGUGCGAUUGUUUAUGCAAACGUCAUGAUUUUCUUGGGACAAUUCACUGGUAUCAACGCUAUUCAAUACUACAUGGCCACGCUUAUGCAACAAGUUGGUUUCAAUGAUAAGGAAGCUGUCUUCAUGUCGCUUGUAGGAGGUGGAGCUCUUCUCAUCGGUACCAUUCCUGCCAUUCUCUACAUGGAGAAAUUCGGUCGUCGUUUCUGGGCCAUUGCUAUGCUUCCCGGGUUCUUCAUCGGUCUUGUCAUCAUCGGUUGUUCAUACCUUAUUCCUUUGACCAACAAAGCGGGUUCCCAAGGUACAUAUAUUACCGGUCUUAUUCUCUACGAAGGUUUCUUCGGUUCCUACGCUUGUCUUACUUGGGUUAUUCCUUCCGAGGUCUACCCUACUUAUCUCCGUUCUUACGGUAUGGAAACUUCGGAUACCAUGCUCUUCCUCUGCUCUUUCCUUGUUACAUAUUUCUUUGCUGAGAUGCAAAAAGCUAUGUCGAAUAUUGGUUUGACAUUGGGUUUCUAUGGUGGUAUCGCAGUGGUCGGUUGGUUCUACCAGGUGCUUUUCAUGCCUGAGACCAAGAACAAGACGCUUGAGGAGAUUGAUGUUAUUUUCAGUCAACCUACUGGUCAAUUGGUCAAGGAGAACUUGAGAAGUUCAAUGGUGACUGCUAGUGAUUUUAUUCAUGGACGAUGGGGUAAAGUCUUCUCUCCAGUUUCUGAGAGUGAUAUCUUCAGAAAGGAGAAUGGACAUAAGUCUGAUGAGGGUGGAAUGGGAGAUGCCAAGCAUGAGGAGUUGAUGCAACCUGAGUCUAUGUAGAUGAUGGAUGGUAUGGUCGUUACAAACAAUGACGAACUUACUAUAGGAGAUGGAUUAAUGCCUUAUGGAACGAUUUGAAGGGAGGCAAUAUUUUGGAUCAUGAUUUAAUGGCAUGAAAUGCGAUGAUUAUAUAAAAAGUUGGAUGGAUAUGAAGGGAAAGGUUAUAUUCGGACGAGUAAUGAUUGAUAUGUAAUAAAAAUGAUAUCCCUUGAUUUUAAUACAAGUAAUGCAUGAUACCUUUUUAAGAUCA